AACACCUUCUGAUAUAUUGUAAUGGGUGUAAAUAGCGAACCCAUGCGCUUUAAAAAAAACAACCGUGAGCUCCUGACUAAUCUGCGACAACAGUUUCGUUUCACAGUAAUGAGUCCAAUAAAAUUGACGUUUGCUUGGAUUCGUGACCGGUUUUUCCUUUCUUAUUUCACUAAUGAAAGGAGUAAAAUUUAUAUUACAAUAAUAACGCCAUAACGUCAGGUAAGAUAAGAUAUGUAGUUUCACGUAAUGGAAGAAAGGGAUCAUGUUUACAAGGCAGCGAUAAGUUUCGGUUUUGAUUCCGGUGAAUGAUGAAUUGAAACUCUCGCUCAGUGUGUUUUGUGUUUAUCGCGGAGCAGACCUACGGAAAAUACAGAACGCCUACGUUAAGUUUACAAUAUGACAGAAACCAAUGUAACAAAGGUGAUUUGCGGCAACGGCGGAGCAAUGGAUUAUGAUGAUUUAGUACAUAAUUUUUUAUUUGGAGAUGAAACCGCCGUUCAAAAGGGUGAUGCUUUCCACAUCGCGCUUGCGAACCAGAAUAAACGGAUUAUUGCAAAAACUAAAGUUCGGUUGUGUAAAGCCAAAGAAUGCGACGGCUGUAACAAUUUACACUUCUGUAAAUUCUUCCUCUUCGGGGGCUGCAAGAACGGCAGAGGACGGCGUACAUGCCGCUAUGGUCACAGUUUGACGACAGAGCACAAUGCCAAAGUCCUUAGAGACAACAACCUGCAGGAACUGGACAAACGCGAGCUCUGCACGUUGCUACUUCAGAACGACAACACCCUGUUACCGCCGGUGUGCUUCCAAUACAACAAAGGUGAUGGAGAGUACGGAAACUGCUCUGAACAGGAGAGCUGCAGGAGGAUUCACAUCUGCGACAAGUACCUCAGAGGCACCUGCACGUCAGGGGCGGGCUGCCUCAGGUCACAUGACUUCUCUGAGCCCCACCCACUGAAAACCCUGAAGGAGAGAGGGGUGCCCAAUCAGCUGAUUGGCUCCAUGCUGUCCGUCUACAAGAACAUACAGGCCAUGAAGAGCGCUGACUGCAGCAAUACGAAAGCAAGAGGCCAAACACAGGGCAUGAAUGCAAAAAGCAGCACAAAUCAAAACAGACAGCCUGAGAAUGGUCCAGAGAAAAGCGAGAUAUGCAUGUACUACGUCCGGGGUACCUGCAGGCACGACGAAAAAUGCUGGAACGAGCACUCCAAACUGCCGUAUAAGUGGGAGGUGAAGAUGGGUUUCGGCUGGUCGCCUCACCCGGACAACGAGCAGGUGGAGAAGGACUACUGUGACCCCGCCAAUGACUGCAGUUUCAGCCAAGGAUUCCCAGUGCAUUUUGGUACCAUGACCCACGGGUCGGCCCAUGUGAGACGCCUCUCCACGGUCUCCUCCGUGGUUCAGCCCACCUUCAUCCUCACCACCAAAUGGGCCUGGUACUGGGAGGACGAGUACAACAACUGGAUCCAGUACGCGUCAUCGGGCGCAGGGCACGGGGCGUCGUCCCUCUCCAGUGAGGACCUGGAGGAGCAGUUCCAGCAGGACGACAGCGCGGUUAUCCACUUCAACGCAGGGUCACAGACCUACCAGCUCAGCUUCAAAGACAUGGUGCAGACAAACACACGGUAUGGCACGCGACGAGCGGUCCGGAGGAGGCCCGUGUUCGUCUCCUCAGCGGAGGUACAGACCAUCAGGACCAGCAAAAAAGCACCCAAUGCCCGGGCAUCAAACUCCAAAGCUUUGCCAGACUGCUGGGACAAGUCAAUGGCACCUGAAAUUGGAUACAGGAGAGUCCCUCUGCAGUCCAGCGCAAGCGAGUACCAGGAAAUUUCGGCACUUUUCAGAACAACGAUGAGGGGGUUCAGUGUACGCCAAAUUGAGAGAAUUCAGAACAAGUCCCUGUGGGAAGUCUUUCAGUGGCAAAGGGAUCUGAUGAGAAAAAAUAAUGGUGGUAGAAAUGUGUCGGAGAAACAGCUGUUCCACGGCACCGACUCCAAACACAUCGACGCCAUUUGCAAGCAGAACUUCGACUGGAGGAUCUGUGGAACGCACGGAACAGCCUACGGGAAAGGAAGUUACUUUGCUAGGGAUGCAAAGUACUCCAACAGUUACACCGGCUCCUCAGGAAUGAAGACCAUGUUUGUUUGCCGAGUGUUGGUUGGCUGCUACACGAGAGGAAACUCCAGCUACCUCCGCCCACCCUCAAAAGAUGGCGGCGACUCCGUGUUCUACGACAGCUGCGUGGACGACAUCCACAAUCCCUCCAUUUUCGUCGUUUUCGAAAAGCACCAGGUUUACCCCGAGUACCUCAUCCAGUACUGUGAGGAUGAGUGGGGUUCCCCCGCCCAAGCGUACGUCAGGCCCACACCAAAGCCAGUGUAUUCCCCGCCAUCGUCCUAUGUACCGUCAAGAUCAUAUUCCUCGCCCAGCUAUUCCAGUCCAUCCACCACAAAUACAGAGAGUUCAUGCGUCAUUAGUUAACUCCAUUUUCUGCCACUUCAGCAUUUUUAACUCUCGGUUAAAAUGUGUGCGGGGGAGCCCUUUCUUGGUGCAUGAGGUGUGGUCCACCUCUGAACUCUUAAGUUGUACUAUAUCUUGCUCUGUUUUUCUAUUUGCUGCACCUUUGAAGUGCUACAUUGAAAUUGCUAGAAGAUCAAGACACAAGAUGCACGUGUUAAAAUGACAGUGCUACUUGAUUGGGAGUAGCCCUGCACAGAAGGGUAGUAUUAAUGUUAGCCAAGGUAGAGUCUGAAGAUGUGUCUUCAGACCACAAUGAAAAUAGGCAGUGACUGAUCGGUUCGUGGAGGACUAAUGGAUUGAAUGUCCGGAUUUUUUUUUGUCUUUCUCCAAAUGAUCUGCGCAUUGAGGGUAAAAUGAGCAAAACCAAAGGUUUUAAAUUGAUCAGCUUUUGAUACACAGAUGUGAAUGUUUGAAAAAGUCCCUUUGUGUGAAAUCGGUUAAUUUAUAUGCAGAUACACUACUGAUGAUUAUUUCAACAAAUACAUUUUGCGGGAGAAUGAUAAAAUAUAUCAGGAGAUCCUCACAAAAAGGGUCAUUUAGAAACUUGGGCUCUAUUUAAAAUUGGUUACUAUCCGCACUUAACUGAGACAUAAAAUGGGUAUGUACGGUAUUAUGUAUCAUGUACAUAGUAUGUUUAUUUUGAGUAUGCGAAAAGUGUCUGGAUGUAUACUACAUUAGGAAAAUCUUUCAACAAGUAUGUGCCCGGGGUUACGCAGUGGUAAAGAUACACCCCAUAAUGCAUUGCGGCUGCAUGUCUUCAUCGCUGCCAACCGAAUUGUCUGUCAUUGUUGCACAUAUGACACAGCACUGCUGUGGUGUAUUACGGGGUGUCACCCGGUGCAUUAAAAAUAUAUAAAUGAGGACCGCAAUGACCUGAUGACCAGAAACUGAGAGCAGUGAGAGUAGAUGGAAAAUUAUCCCGCACUUCCUAUCAAUAUUUUCAUUUGUUGUAGCCAUGGGUUAAAUAUACAUCAAUGAAUAAUGUCACAAAUAUUUAGCGAAAUUUUGUAAAUCUAAUGAGGUUGGUUUAAAUUCGUUUUUACAAGAUUUAAAAAAAUUAUAUAGGCUUUGAUGGCCACUGGUCUUGGGUACGCUUAAGUAUUCUCAAUUUCCGAAACAUCCUCUAUGCCAGCUAUUCAUACUAACAUGUGUCUUAGUAUGUACUACACAGUACAUAAAAACAUAGUAUGUAGUAUGUGGCAUGUUAGUAUUCUGUUUGGAACAGUCUAUUGUAAUCGUAUUCCUCUGCUCAAAUCAAGUCAUAAAUCAUAUUAAAUAAGUCUCAUUAGGUAAGAAAACAUAAAAUGGCUGAAUUUGGCCUAUAGUUAGGGGAACCCUGUGUCAUCUCACUUUGAGAGUUUUCUGCUUUAGAUUCUAUUAUUUCUUUUUCUUUUACUAUAUUCACUUAUUAAGACCUGCAUUAUUUGCGUUUAAUACAAUUGGAAGAAAUAGGUGUUUAGAAUGUUUAACAUAUUUAGUACGAAGUUCUAAAUAUGAAGGAAUGAAUUGUAUGACUUUGGAAAAUUGGAAAAAUUUGGAAAUAAACUUUUACUGCAGUGCAAAUUCAAA